AUGUUUGGUAUCUUUUGCUGCCCGGACAUAAAGCCUUAUCGUCCCGAGUUGCUUGACCAUGCGCCUAAAUUCACGGCAUUUCUGAAUUGGGCCCGCCACCGUACGUCAUGUCUAGUACUGGACGACGGCUUCUCGCUUGUCAGCAGCGCACCGUACGCUGUUCAGUUCGUGAGACAGGUCAACAAUGGGCUGCAAGAGGUGAUCAGAUACUUCGUUCCAACUACCAAUGGACUUAAGUAUAUGGAAGCUACUGAAAACGAUCUUCUAAGGGCGAAUUUCGAGAAACUGAACGCGUACAUGAACUUCAAGUGUGAAGUUCAUAAUAAAUUUUAUGAAGUCAACUUGUAUCAGAAGAACCCCACCAACGCGCAUCACCGGCUGGUCAACCUUGCACAGCCAUCUAAAGAGAUUGACCUCGCGUUUCGACAACGGGGUGCUGAGACUGAGUCUUUCAAGGGAGAUGAAGUGAAGGAAAGAGAGAAUAGAUGGGGACCUUUAUCUUCCGUCGUACAACGCAAAAACUUCCUAAAGACUCUUCAGGAGAGUAGUAAAUCCGCAAUGGCCGAAGAAAGAAAACGCCGCCCUUCCCAUGCAGGCAAGCAACUCGCUGCUCAGCCAAAUACCGCAGCCUUAAAGACGGUCCUUCAGUUUCUACUUCCGACAGUCAGAAUAAGCCGUUCGAACCCACUCUUAUCUCUGCUGUCCCUUGAUUGGAUUAACGAAAAGCUAGGCCUUGGCCUUGAAUUCGAGGAUCUCUGGUGGGCCGAGUUGACCAGCUCAAAUAUUAUCAUCCUUAUUACUGAGUGUUUUGAAAUGGCUGACAGUGACUCUGUCGACCUCGCGGAAGUUGAAGAUUUGGUGGUCCGGGCAAUGCACAACACGGAUACCUUCGCAAACCAGAAACGCCCUGGGCGAGUCAGGCUUCAGGAGAUUAUCGGUAAAGUCCUUGAGUGUGGCCGUACGGUACGUUGGCAGUACAAGUUCAGGGACAACAUUACUUGUGUGUUGCAGGCCGGUCCUAGCAAGGAGCUCCUUGAGCAAUGUCGGCGCAGGGAUGAGGCGUUGCAACAGGAUACGAGCGAUCAAAAUAUCUAUGGGACUAAUAAAUUUUAUGCCGAAGGAGUAACUACGACACCUACUUCAGACUAUUCUUAUAGUCACCAUCACUUCGACUAUAAUUACGUUUCCGAACCAAUGAAAGACCUCACGGACUGUGACAAUGAGUGUAGAUUUUGGGGGAACUGUGACUAUUAG